AUGACUCCGGAUGAAUCACAGCUAGGUCAAUGGACUUUCGACGAUCCAAAAAUCUUGCAAAAUGCAGUAUUAACUCUCUUACACCAACCGGCAUAUCACUCAUCAUUUUUCCUUUCUGGCAUCUCAACUGGUAACCAGGUACAGGUACAACGAGAUUCGAUCAGGUACUACAUUCAGGUACUACAUUCACAUUCACAACAAGGUACACAUUGGUGUAAGCCUGCAUGGAUUCCGCUAGGACCUCGUCUUAUAUCUACUGAAAACGCAUGA